AUGGCUCGCGAAUUGAAGGCGCUGUUGAACAGUGGAGACCAGGGCGCUUCUUACACCGCGACGAUCUCGAUUGCUCGCGCAACUGUGGAGCUCCCCCCCGAUCAGAGGAAGUGCUUCGCCGAUGAUAAGCAUCCCUUCACCGCGACCUGCUUUGACUUCCUCGCCUGGAAGUGCGUGUCUCAGCCGCUGCAGGGGUCGAUCCAAGUGGUUCCAUCCAAUGUUGUCGCGGACAUCGUCGCGGGUGCAGAGGCCGCGCACGUGGCGUUUGACGGAAUGCUUGAAAGCAAACUGGUCGCGUUCUGCCUCUGGUCCGAAAUCCUCAACGAACUCGACGCGGUUCUUGUACAUGACCCUGCGCCGCGCAUCGCGAAGCCCAUCCAAAGGACGUUGACUACAUUGUGGCAGGAUGUGAAACGCGCCGCGGAGGAGCUCGCGUUCAAGUCUAGAUGCGGUUUUGCGGACGGUCAUGGUGGGGAGGCGCAUGGUAAUGAACUCGGGAGGUCGCACAAUCAUGCCGCCGGAUCGCACGUUUCUGUUCCCAAAGCCCUCGCGAUCACAACUGCUUACGCGCUCGCGAACGCCGGAGUCGUGGAGGAGGUCGCAGCGGAUCAGGGGGCUCCGAACAACAAGGACGAGGGCUCGAGCUCUGACCGCAACGAGGAUGCUCCUGAGACCGCGCCUCAUGAUGGACGUGACGUGAAUGCGUCGGAGGGUGCCGAUGGUCAGGGUCGCGCAGCAGAUGAGGGGUCUGCCGAGGAGCGUGAUGAUGCCGCGAUGGAUAACCAGGGCGGUGAAUUGGAGCUGAAGGGGUCGGACGACGUGGAGGAGAAAGAGGACGAGGAGGAAGAGGAGGUGGAGGAGGUCGCGGAGAACACUAGGGCUGGGCAUGGGGCCGCGGUCAGGGUCGCUGGAGCAGGGAAGAGUAUUCGCCGUCUCACUGCUGCGUUGUCCCCUCGUCCUGGAAGCGCGGCCCCUUCGUGCGAGGGUGCGGGCAAGAGCCCGGUCGCGGGGAAACGGAAAUACGACGAGCUGGUGAAGUUUGAUCCCGGUAAGCUGGCCGCGGAAAUUCUCCGCCUGGACGAGCAUGUGCGGACACAGAAGCGCCGACUCGCCAAGCUUGAGGAAGUCGUGUCCGCGAAGCCUGGUGAGGAAGCAGCGACGGUGAUCACGCAGCGUUACGAUGAUCUCGUGGGCACUGUGGAGAAGGUGAUGCUUCAUGUGCAGAACGCGGAACGGGUGAUACUCAAGGAAGCCAAGGCGGCCGCGAAGGACAUGGCCGAGAAUCGCGACCUGCGGGACGUGCUGAAACGUACUGCGGCUCGCUUGGAAGAUGGCGUGGCUAACCUGAAGGCAGUUGUCGUAGACUCCAUGGAAUCCGCACAGAAGAAGUUGACGGACGAGGUCACGCGAAAGAUAGACGGCGCGUCGUCCAACAUUGCGGCCACCUCUGAACGCGCGAUCACAACAAGCGGCAUGACCAACACUCUCAACACCGUCAUCGCCAUGCUUUCCGGUCGGCGCCAGGGGACGGAUGGGCCGGAGGAGAAGGUGUCGGACUGUGUCGCGGAAGUGGAGACGGGGAAGAGGGUAGCGGACAAGGAGACAGGGAAGAGAGCCGCAGAGAAGGGGACGGGGAAGGCUGAAAGCAGCAGGGGAGGAAAGAGGCAGAAAGGUCCCGCGGUUCCCAGUGUCGCGGAGAUCUUGAAGAGCAAGGGGGGCGCGGUCGAUCUGCGUUCAGGGACGGUCCAGAGGGGAACCACCAGGGGGGAUGCUGCUGCGAGACCACCUUCUGCUCCCGCGGCAGUGGUAGCUGGUAAGGGCAAGGCCAAGGUCGAGGAAGCCCCGCUGGCAAACACCACCACCGCGACCACCACCACCGCGCUCGUGCCCGCGGCAAGUACCCCCGCCGCGAUCGCUACUGGACAGCCUGGACCCAGCUCCACCUCCCCUGCAAACCCCCCUGCUGCAGAUGUGGCACUCAAGGCGAAGAGUCAGGGUCGCGGUGAUUGUAAGCCUCCUCCAGCCGCGCUCAAACUGGACGACGACGACGACGACUCGGACGCGGACGAUGAUGUUGAGCUGGUGCUGCAAAGUCUCGGCAACGCGGUCGCAUGGGCAGCUGUGGUGGGGAAGGAGGCGGCAGACGAAGAGCCUGAUGUCGCCGGGGCACAGGAGGGUCUGUUUGCCGGUGCGGUCGCGUGCGCGAUCGCGAUGGUGUGGGAGACCUGCAACGGUCUUGAUCUGGACGGAAUCGUGAAUGCUGGAUACGUGGCGGCGCAGUCUGCAGGCGCCCCCGAAGAGAAGGCCCGCGAUUUCGUCGCUAUUGUGACCGCGGUCUUCAAGAGGGCCAGGAAGGAGAAUGCACGCGCGCACACCACCGAGGUAACGCCGAAGCAGGUCGCGGAGGCUAUCGAGUCCGCGGUCGUGAACCGCCUUGGAGCGCGCCUUGGGGACCCCACUCUGGUUGCUAUGGUCGCGCACGAGGCAGUAGACGUGCUGAUGACCUAG